UGCAGUGAAAACUAAAUUAUUGCUGAGACGGAACUCUAGCAGCAAGCUGAUCUGCUGGGCACUCCAGUCUGCCACCGUCUACAGACCAGUCUGUCAGCUUUUACAAACCAGUCUGGCGGUUCCUAUAUAGACACACCAGUCUGUCAGUUCCUACUCAUCGACAAAAAUAUCGAAGAUAAUAUUUUAACAAAAAUUUACAUUCUCUAUACUCAGUCGUCUUCUCUUCUCGAGUCCAGUAAGAACGUUUAUACUAUAUCAGAUCUGCCCUUUAAUCACAUGACGAAUUCUCAAACGUUCGCUCUACUUCCUGCAACGAUCAAAUUCUGUAAGCUGUUCAGUUUAAAAAAAAAACGACGUGGAUUCCUUGAACAUUUUCAUUUACUGAAAACAAACUUCGUGGUACAAGGAAUCGCAUCCUCCCACAUGUUGUCUUGUGUGUUAUUCUAUAAAAUUUUGUCCAUUCAUCGAGCGGGAUGUGUAAAAAUCAAACCUGACGAGUGAUUUGAUCCAUUCACUCGAAACAGGUGACCAGUGUUGACAUAAUCAUCUUGACAUGGUCGUGUUGACAUAGUCAUGCUGGAAUGUUAGUGUUAACAUUGUCAUGUUGACAUGAUUGUCCCUUGGAAAAUGAAAGUCUCUCGUUACCAGCGCUUGUCCAUUGUUUCUUCAACGUAUCGCGCGACUUCUGAAAAAUAUUAAUGUUUCCACCCACGUGUCGAGAAAUUUUUUCGCACUUGGCUUGGUUCUUCAAGCUUAUAUGUGAAAAAUUAUUUGGACGUUCCUUGUGCUCCUGAUCAUACGAAACAAAAGUUGAAUUUCGGGUUUAUUGUGUGUGUGAUCAACAAAAGAUGAAAACAAAAGUUUACACAGAAAUUCGUUACUGGAUUUGAGUGUAGAAAAACACAAGUGUAAUACGAGAGACAUCGAAACCACGCAGCGAACUCGACCUACACGAAGAAUAAACCUUGCUUCCCUGGACGCAAUCCUGCCAAUCAUUUUUCUCUCCGAUACGCAAUCUUUCCAUUCAUCUUUCUUUUCCUAUGCAAUCUUUCCAUCCACUACGAAAUACUCUCAAUCAUCUUUCUUUGCUCUUGGCAUUUCCCCGAUAAUCUAUCUUCUCCGUAAGAAAUUCUCAUAAUCCUAUCAUUUUUUUAACAAUCCUUCUCACAUAAUUGCAUCCUGUCCUCACUUCCUUUUUUCGUGUACGCAUCCUUCCAUCCUUUUCCUCUACCUCCGUCAACUGUGUUUCUGUCAACACUAAUAUCGAUGGACGAAACAGUGCUGGUCGUACAGUGUCAUUCAAGUUACAGUUUGCAUCCCUUCAUGUGAAUUCCAGUUCAUCUCAGACAUUCUAGGUCUUCUAGCAAUGAAUAUUUCCUACUGAAUUUUGCCAUUCCUCAUUUGCCUUCCCGGUUUACUUCAGGAGAAACCGCUUGACUGCCACCUUCGACCUUCGUUGUAUCUUGACUGUCAACUCUGCCACUCAUUAUAAUCUUGACUGUCAACUCUGCCACUCAUUAUAAUCUUGACUGUUAACUUACCCACUCGAUAUAAUCUAUAAAAAUUCGCCAUAAUAAAGUCACUCGCCUCCGUUUUCAGUGACUGACCACUGGCUUUACCACAAUCUUCCCGGGCACAAAUUAAACCUAAUCGUUCAAAAUCAUAAAUAAUUCUCAUAAUUUCGUAUCUUCUCUGCUUCAACUUAACUCUCCCACUUCAUUCGCUUUUUACCCACCGCAACUCACCGUACACCCACUGUGACUCACGACUCACCCGGCGUGACUCACUUUACGCCUGUUGCCACUCACCAUACAGCGGUCAACCCUCACCCGUGACUUGACGCAACACGGCUUGGCGGUCGCGCGAUGGCCUCGUCGGGCAGUAAAGCGGCGGCCAACUCUGCGGCACCGGCCGUAAACGGCGGCCGUUUCGACUUCGACGAUGGGGGGACGUACUGCGGCGGGUGGGAGGACGGAAAAGCCCACGGCCACGGUGUAUGUACGGGACCGAAGGGGCAGGGAGAAUACUCCGGGUCUUGGCACUACGGCUUCGAGGUUAGCGGCAUCUACACGUGGCCCAGCGGCUCGACGUACGAGGGUCAGUGGCAGAACGGCAAGCGCCACGGCUUGGGCGUGGAGUCCCGCGGCCGGUGGCUGUACCGCGGCGAGUGGACACAAGGCUUCAAGGGCCGCUACGGCGUCCGCCAGUCCGUGUCCUCCGUGGCCAAGUAUGAAGGCACGUGGGCCAACGGCCUGCAAGACGGCUACGGCUCCGAGACAUACGCUGAUUCUGGCUCGUACAAGGGGCAGUGGCUGCGCGGGCUGCGCCAUGGCUACGGCGUGCGCACCUCGGCGCAGUUCGGCCAGGCGUCCGUGAGCCGCAGCCGCGGGGGGGCGUCGCCCCCCAGCCGGGGGUCCACGACCUCACUCAGAUCUGACGGCGACCCCCUCGCUGACCGGGACAGAAAGGUGGACGAUGGACGUGGCGGUUUCGUCCUACGCAUGCGCAGUGACGAGGUGCAGCGCAGGCGUAACAGCCUCGUCGAGAAAUCUUCCAACAUACGCAACGUCUUCAAGAUGCGGCGACAGCGCAGUACCGGGGACAUUCAGACCAACAAGGCGGCGGGCAGUAUUCGGUCUACGGGCAGCUCCGCGUCCUGGAUGUCCACCGGGUCUGCUCAGUCCGCCUACACUGCAGGGGACCAGCCCGAUGAUGGCUCCAACGCGUCCUUCAUCAUCGAGGACGAGCACCUGGAGCCUAGCGUGGUCGAGACCUACAUGGGCGAGUGGAAGAACGACAAGCGCAGCGGCUUUGGCGUGUCAGAACGGACGGACGGACUUAAAUACGAGGGAGAGUGGUUCAGCAACAGAAAAUACGGAUACGGCGUCACCACCUUCAAGGACGGUAGCAAGGAGGAAGGCAAGUACAAAAACAACGUGCUCAUGACCAGCAACAAGAAGAAGCACGUGUUUCUUAUCCGCUCGGCCAAGUUCCGUGAGCGCAUCGAGAGCGCCGUGGCGGCCGCCCAGCGCGCUGCUAAGAUCGCCAUGCAGAAAGAAGACAUCGGCAUCUCCAGUCGCUGCAUGUUAACAUGCCAGUCGCUGCAUGUUAACAUGCCAGUACCAGGAGCGGACUUGGCAAGAACUGUCGCCAAUGCAGCAAGAAGACAAAUCGAAGCUCUCCAGCCCAGCAGUAGAGAAAUUUUACCUAACGAUGCUCAACCCGUUUUGUACAACGACUCAAGUCUCGAUGACACAGCCAUGAGUUCCAUACCAAUAUCCACUGGUCCUGGAUACACCAGUUCAGGCCUCAUCGAUUUCCAGCCACCAUCCGAUCCAGGAGGUCGGCGACAGUCAAACCUGUCCAUGGAGGCGACACUUCACAUCCGUUCCGACUCUCUGUCGGGCAUGCCGCAAGAGAGAGGUCGAAACACGCAGCGUGGAGGCCAGAGAUCGAGGGGCGGUGUUCAAGACUCCGGCUUCACCAACAUCCCAUCGAACAUAAUGAACGACCGCUUCGAUCACUACAACAAACCUUCUUCGCGCGCUACGUCCAGAGAUCGUUCCAUAGAUCGUUUCGCCAGUCGCGGCACCACGCCCGUGCCGACCGAGAUCGUCAACCCUCGCUCACGAGCGCCCUCGGCGCAGAGGCACACCGCGCCCGACUGUACCCCGGAUUCAGGGGUCUUUGAAGACGACCCCGUUGGUGCCACAGUCAUUUCUGGGGGAUCAAGGAGGCCCUCAAGACCCACCUCGAUGUUGCCUGGGGAAGGGGUUCCUCUCACUGGCAACGGGAGCGUUGGUGGAUCCUUCAACGUCCCUUACCACAUCCCGGCCAACCAGAAGGAGGCAGAAGCUUUGCUCAGACAAAGAGCUUGUGGUCAACUGAUACCCCAGUCUGCGCCCACGCCCGGCGGACCUGUUAAGAGAACAGAAUCACUUUACAUCAAUCCAGUGAUUCGACAACAACAGCAACAACAACAGCAGCCAAAGGCGGCGACGUCGGGCACGGCCCUGAAGCGCAAAAAGUCCUUACCGGACGACAGGACGUUGCCGGCCACCACGCCCAUCAUGUCGCGCGAGCAGGCGUCCGUGCUAAGCUCGGCCCAGCGCGAGACUUUCAGGAGGCAAUACGAGGACGCCCAGCGAUACCAGGCUAACCCCCUCCUCUACCUCACCAGUCCAUCAGUCCAGGACUGGAUCUCGCGCCAGAAGCUCGUUUUACUUAUCCUCUUCCUUAACUUAUCCUUAGCUCUGAUGUUCUUCAAGUUGCUCUCUUAGCAAUCGACUUACAAUAACACCAGCUCUUGUAUUACAGAAAAGAACAACACAUUUUUAUAACGUACAUUGUAGUAUAAUAAGGAUUUACUAUUGUAAUGCUUCACGGUGAGUCGACCGUUCACUGCGUACUGGUCAUUCUUCUUUGCUCAUCAUAUUUUGGUGGAAGGCUUAGGCCAUUAUUAGGUCAUGAUUAUAAUUAUAAUUAUAUGGUCAUAACUUAGUGAUGAACAACCAUCUUCAGGUUCCUCGGUCGUAGAGUUAGUCCUUGGGUUUAUUUCACUUCAAUCUCAACUUGGUUCGGACGAGCUCGUAUACCGCUUGUCUUAGGUCACGGAAUACGUCUCAACUGCUCGUUAAAGUAUUACAUAACUUGUCUAUUCUUCAUUAAAAUAUUCUAUUCGUUAUCAAUUCU